AUGUACUUUACAGAUGAAUCAUCACCGACAAUGAGCAGAAUUGGUAAAAAAAGGAAUAGACUUUCCUUUGUUUGUCAAGCUUGCAGAAAGGCCAAGACCAAGUGUGACCAGGAGAAACCUCGAUGUGGCAGGUGUACCAAACAAAACCUGUUUUGUAUAUAUGAUGUUGCAAGACAAGCGGCCCCUAGGAACCCGAAUAAAGAUGCUACCAUAGCGAGACUGAAAAAGGAGAUUCGUUACUGGAGGAAUAAAACCGUGGAUUUGACUCAAGAAAAGAAGGACUUCUACACUGCAUUGAAAAGGCCAACGGAGGAGUUGGCUGCUAAGAGAACAUGUAAAAGUUCCCAGGAAAACAGUUUUCCAAUCAGUCUUUAUAAGACCCAUCCCAGACUGAUUAUGACCAAAGUAAUGAAAAGAGAAAUCAACCCUUUAUCUGAAAAAUAUUUGAUAUUUCAGGACACUUUUCUGAAGACGUUGAUUGCCUCCGUACUUUUAAGUUCGUCCAGAAACUCCAUGAUUCCUGCUUUAAAUGCAGAUAUCAGCAGGUCCAGGACGCAGCCAUGUGUAAAGAAUAAUGUGGUAAAAAUGAGAGAGGUUCUAUUGAAAAACUCAAAAUACGAAUCACAAAGAAAAUCCAUCAACGAGUUCACGGACAGGCUACUACAGAGAAAGAACCCUGAAGAACAGACUGCGGUAAAUAAAGUAAUUUCUUUAUUGUACAGUACCAGGGAAUCGUCAUAUCUAGAGAAUACAUGCCCUUCCGAAAACGACUAUUCUGAUUUAUUGAAAGGCCACAUCAACGAAAUCGAAAAGGCACUCCCUCCAAAGGCCAUCAUAGAACAGUACCUUUCUCACUUUUUUGAGCAUAUUUUCCAUUUAAUACCCUUUGCCAGCAAGGAGAUGCUAGAGGAGUCAAUCCACACCACCGUACAGUAUAAUGAAUUAGGGGAAGUACGGCUAUCGAUGGGCACAACCCUUAUACGAAAUAAAAUGGAAAAUUUAUGUAUCUUACUGUUAAUAUUGAGGAUCGCGUACAUCUCUUUGACAUUUAUAGAAGACAAGAUCGAAGAUUACAGCCCAUAUAUUACCAAAGAGAUGUUAGAGCAAUAUCCAAUUCAAAGCGAAGUAAUUUUUCUAGCACAGCAGAUACUUGCAUCUGAAAAUUGGUGUGCUUGUGCAAAUGAAAAUACCAUUUCAUGCUUACUUUAUAUUUGGUGCGCAUUUGUUUUCUCCCCAACUGAGGGUGACUUUUUGUUGGAACAACCGUCGGAUGUUAUUAUUAACCUUGUAAUAUUAAUCGGGACAUCUAUCGGAUUGCACCGUGAUCCAUCUGACUUUCCAGCCUUGAACCACCCCGAAGUUUCGGACAAAAGGCUGCUAAACUUACGAAGGAUACAGUGGCUAUCGAUUAUUUCUAUGGCAACUCUAGAAUCAAGCCUGAAAGGUAGACUGUUGGUGUCACCCCUUUCGAUGAUUGAUCUUUUCAUUAACGUUCGAGAUCCCAAUUGUAUAGAAAUCUAUAAAAAAAGGGUCAAGAAAGAUUUGACGGGUUCCCAAUCAGAUGAACAGCUACUAGAGAUCCAUGAAAUUUUUUUUCAUAGAGCCCAAUUGGCAUUAUUCUUGUCUGAUUUGAACAAUAUAACCAUUUCAUACAGUGGAUCGGUUCCAAUGGAUACGCUAGAAACUUUACGCGUUAAGGCUAAUGAACUUUUGAAGAACAAAUUUCAGCUAAGAAGCGUGGAUAUUAACAUAUAUGACGUGGAGAAGACAUUCCAAAAACUAACCUUCAAUUCAAUUUUGAAUUCAAUAAGUUUAUCGGCCCAGAUCCUGGGUAAAUUAAUGAUGCUACGAGCGUCAAUAGCGUUGAUGUUGUAUUUCGAAACACUCGCAAUGGAAAGAAGUGAAUGUUUGCCUUUCUUUUAUAAGUAUUUUUUCCAGUGUUGUGCCGACACCAUUUCUCUCAUCAGAUUUUUUCUACUGUAUUUCAAUGGGAGUUACGAAAAAGUUCUUUCCUCGUUAGUAUGCUUUAUAACCACAAAAGUUAUUCAAUUGGCUGCUCCUACCACGAUGUUUACCCUUUUAGUGAUUAUCAUGAGGGCAGAGCUGGCCAAAAACAUGCUACUAGUCAAAUGUAACGAAUGUAAUGCCAGAGGUGACAUUAGUGACCUCCCAGAAAUAAAAGAGAAAAUAAAGUCAUUGGACACUAUCAAGGACAACUUUGAGAGGCUUUUGUUGGAAGUAUAUCUACUCGCCUCUCAAAAUCUGAGGUUUAAGUAUUUCUACAUUUUCAAAAUGUUAACCUUGUUUGACGUAUUCAUUCAAAGGUUGAGAAAGGGUCAGUUAUUCUCUGGUUUGUUUGUCAAAGUGGACAAGGACUCGACUACGAAAAAAAUUGCCACUAUGCUAGAGUUAACGCUCGGCAUCAACCUAGACAAGUCAGACCAUUUAAUUGAUAGACUAAAGGGUAAAAACCUCACUGUUAACUUUACGCUUGAUCAACUGCAUGAAAUCAUUAAAGAGUUCGACAAAAUAAAAAACAUUGGUACUGCUGAUUCACAAAACUCUUUGAAUCCAUCAAAGCCAAACAUGAAAGAUAAUACACCCACAAUUGAGCUUUUACUCAACUCCAGUGUGGAAAAUGAGGCCGUACCGUCGUAUAUAAGUUCAAACGAGCCCACUAAUGUUGGUAGUGCCUCCACUUAUAAUCUUGCACGCAAUAUUAAUAAUCAAAAUAAUGGAGAAAACAUGUCUCCAUCGACCCAUCCGAGUGAGAAUAAUCCUGCCGCUCCUAAUCUAAAUUUUACUCCGAUAAACAAUAACUACAGCGGCGGCAGCUCGAACAAUAAUAAAAAUGAUAACGUCAAGUUACCGAGUAAUUUUAAGAACUACUAUGACCCACCUAUGUCUUCUUUGGACAUAUCCAUGGAUGUCCCAGACAUUUUUGGCAGUCUUGAUUUCUUCGAUUAUGACCUCCUUUUUCAAAACGACUAG